AUGACGGAACGGCCAUCAGAGACUGCUAAUCAUCAACGUCUUGCGGAAAUGUUCGUACAUUUGACACCGCUUGGCGCUCGGAUACCAUACAGUAUCUCCAUUGAUAAUCAACAAAAUAUCUGGGUUGCGACUAAGGGAGGAUUAUUCAAAAUAGAUCGAUUCGGUAAACUACUUUUUCAGGAGAAAAAUGAUUUUGCAAAAAAAGCUGAGCCGUUUUGUCAAGUGUUACUUUAUGAAAAUAGGAUAAUUUAUGCUUAUUCGGAAUGUAUGUCAAGUUUGACUUUGCUCAAAGUAAUGAAAUUGGAUGGGGAAACGAUCAGCGAGCAAUUUGUUGACGGCAAAAUACAAAGUUUAAGCGUGAAUAAUCGCGGGGACAUGUUUUUGACCAAACGAGUAAAAGGCGAGGAUUCCAUUAUUUAUAGUUCGAAUGUUUGUUGCCCAACUUGUUGGAACGAAGUGAUCUGUGAAGAUGAAUACGUCUUUCAAACAAUAUGUGCCCUAUCUAGCGAUUUAUUAGUCGUUUCAACAUGCACUUCACCUAUCAAUAUAUAUUCUAGGCAAUCCCUUCGAUUAAUCAGCGUUACAAAAGGAAAAGUAAUUAAAAGUUUCAGUAAGGAAGGAAAAGAAGAUGGACAGAUUUUUUUUCCUCUUUCAAUACAGAAAUAUGGCAGUGACAUUCUUGUUUUGGAUAAAACAGGUCGCAUUCAACAGUUUACGCAAGAUGGAGACUUUGUUCGCGUAGCUACAAAGAUUGAUGCAUAUUUAGGCAACGCUUUCGUUGUCGAUGAUAGUAUGGCUCUUAUAGCUUGCUCAGGGAUUGUGCUCGAUAAUGAUAACAAAACGAUUUGCGAUGAUUGGUUGGAAAAAGUUCCGCUGGACGGUAGUAAGUGGUUGCCUGAUACAGAUUUUGUUGAUAAAAAAGAAUAA